AUGCCCUUCGAUUUCGUCAAAUAUGAUGCCAAAUGCGCAGCCAUGUCUGCUGAAGAACUGCAACGCGAGUGGGAACACUACACACGUCUUAUCUCAGGUUCAGCUACAUCUACAGCAGUCAGUGGUCUCGCUAUGCCAUUCACCCUAGGAGUUUCUUCCAUUGGUGUUGGCCUUGCGUCAAUGAGCAUCCAUAAUGCACGGAAGAAGAGAGAGAUCAUCGACAGGCAUCUCGGCCAAAGAGGUGCCUUGCACAAUACAAGGAAGCGAGACGUCUUCGCGCCUAUCUGUGUCUCUGGCACUGUAGGCAUCGUGACCCUUGGUGUUGGAGCCUUCGCUGCUGAUGUCAUCACCACGCAAGCAACCGAGCACGCCUUUACCACUAUUGCUGAGAACGAGCUGGCAGUAAAGGUGACCACUCACCUUGCCCUUGAUGCGGCUGUCAUGGCUGGUGAAGAGGAGCAUAUGAAGAACAAGAAGACACAAGAAGCUGCCAAGACAGCGCGGAAGGUACCAUCACAGGUCAAAGAAACAGCCACCCAGUAUGCUCCUUCCGCCGUCGAGUUGCAACCACCGGAGAAACCGCCCCGACCGUCUUCUUACACCCCUUCUUCUUACGUCGAUGGUUCGAUGGAUGAUGACCUUCAAUCUCAGUUCAAAGGCCUCAAUGUAUCAGCACCAGAAGCAGAAAUACCACGUGGGGUGACUCCUGCUCCACCAUAUGCUCCAAACCCAGUGUUUUUUGCAAACGAUAUGGGAAAGCCAACAGAUACUACCACGAUCUAUCUGCCGCCACUUCCACCACGCGCAAACAAGAUGUGUCAGCCCAGUGAACAUGGCGAUACUCGACCAGCACCAGCAGAACCACAUGCAAGCUAUUUCCCUCCAGCACCUCCGAUUGGGAACUACCCUUCAGCGACGUUUGUGACAGCCAAUGCAGUGUAUCCUGCUGGCACUCAGUUGGCCCGGAUGCUUGCUAUUUUCAGGCCUCACAUUCAGAACAGCAGUACAGCCCAAUACCUGCUGUAUAUGUGA